AUGGAUUGCUUUCCCUCGUCUGAAUGCUCAACUUCUGACUUCGCCACUAUCGAAUGCAAGCCUUCCCAAGGCAUAGCCCUUUAUGAACCACAGUUUCCACCUUCCCAGAACGACGGAGAAUUGCUACUCUAUGGCUUCUGCCUCUCCUCAGAGUUCCUCGCCGAAUACGCCGACAUACACCAACUCCCAGUUGAUGUGACAUCGUCUUCGUCUCCCAAUAGAUCGAAUGGUGACACGGACGUCAACUUGGCGAUAGGUGUAGCCAAGGCCCGUAUUGCUCUCGACCAUAUCCGUAGGAAGGUCCUUGAACAACUCUCAAAACAUCCGGCUAACCGAGACAUGCCCGAUGAGUUGCGUAACAAUGUACCCAUUUGUGGCCUGUUCCAGCCUCCACCGGCGUAUAUUGGCGCGUCAAUCUUACAGGCUCAGAGUGAGCUUGCAACGAUUCCAAGUCGGAAUUCCUUAUGGACGGUUAUCUACGUUGCUACAAAUGAGAGCAAGAAGACCUUACAACGAGUGGACAAAGCUGGAGAUGUGACGGUGGCAUUGCAGAAGGUCCUCAACUGCUUGCACAUAAACCCUCAGUGGAUCCCUGAAGGUACUCACAAGCGAUUCCGUGAAGACUUGCCUGACUGGUCUCCGUAUAACCCCUUCAGUUUUCCUGAAGAGUUAACAAAUGGAUACAUCGUAUAUUACAAUCACCUGCCUAAGCGGGUCCCGGAAACUCCUUUGAAGACAUAAGGAAUUACUCCACCCAUCGUCGUGUACUGGCCUCAUUCUGAUUGUCUCCGCUGAACCGUGCUUCCUAUGUAAUACUAGCUCGAAAGGCACCCUGUCUUAUUUGUAUCGACUGAAAUACUUGCUGCUACAUUUAUAUGCUUGAAACAAUUCAC